AUGAAAGCUUCCUCUCUCUUUUUAGGAGCCCUUGCGCUCUCGGCUUCAACUGCCUCUGCAAAUCCCCUCAACUUCCUCCAAAAUCUCAUCAAACGUGCAAUUAACCCAAAUAACAAUAUUGCCAUCUCACCCUAUGAACAAGAAAAUCUUCAUAUGAAGCGUAGUGUUUAUUCAAACGAUACUGCAGUAGCUCCAACAACAACUUUGACUUCUACUCGCUUUGAAACCGUGUAUGCUACCAUCACCAUCAACCGGCCUUCUGUAACUACUUCGGCCACUGAAAUCUCUUCAAUCACUACCGUCGUUACCCCUGAAACGAAAACAAUCUAUGUCGUGGGCUCUGAUGGCCAAUCCUCUGCUGUUUCAACUGUUGUUGAUAUCACCUCAACUAUCGAUGUUACUUAUACUCUUUUCAAAACAAUUACCACUUCCCAGCCACCAGCUUCAGCUGAAACUUCUGCUGAAGUCCUCACAGUCCCCUACAAUGAGGCCGAAGAUGCUUUGGCUUCGAUUGCUGCUGAAGGUGCAACAGCUCACUUUAAUGGUAAAUAUGUCUUUGAUGCUACUCAAACUUUGACUGUGACUGUGGCUCUCCAGGAAACUUCAACUCCGGUCGAUACUGUGGUCGAAACUUCAACAGGGUCUGUGACGACGGACCGUGUUACUUAUACAAUUUACUCGACCUACACGCCGCUCCAGACCCAAACAUUGACUGUCACCAAGAUUCAAACCCGUUCAGCUUCUUCUGCUUCAAAGGGAUUUGUUAUCAAAAAUGCUUAUCUCAAUGAUACUGCUGCACUUAGUUCCAGUGAGGUUGCAGCAGCUGCUACUAUUGCUGCUACUACUACUGAAGAACCUGUGUUUUAUUCAACUCAAACUUUGGUAACUGCUAGCACCAUAACUGCAACUCAAACUCAAACUUUGACUUCAACCAUUAUUCGCACCGUGACGUCUACACAUUCGGACGGCUCGCCCGCUGCGGUUGAGACUGUGACUAACCCGUAUGUUUAUGUGACCACGGAGACUGUAACGUCUACGCCGACCUCUACCAUUGUUCAGACUUUGACAUUGACGCGCACUGCAACUUUAGUUGUAAGCACGUCCGUUACUUCGUCUCCUGAGGUUUAUACUGUUACUGUGACACCUACAGGGUCUCUUAGUGAAGCUGUGACCCAGGAACCUGUUACUCUUACCACUACGGUGUAUGCACCUGUGUCUGAGACUGUGACAGAAACAAAGUAUAUCACGCGCACCGUGAGCAAGACCUUAACAGCUUCUUUGGCUACUGGGACUGCUUGGACCAACGGAACUUCGACGCAGAUUGUUUAUAGACAUCGUCAUGCCUUGAGACAUUAA